AGACGGCGCGUCGUGCGGGGGCGCCCGGUUGGGGGCCGAGGGCCGCCUGGCGUCGGGGCGCGGGGACCCGGGGUGUCGCCCCUGCCCGGCGGGACUUCCGGGCAGCUCCCGGGGCGCGGGGAGCAGGGACUCCCGGCCGCGCGGCGGGGUCACGGGGUCGCGGACUCGCGGGACGGGGCGGGAGUCGCGGCGCCGGACCCGAGCGCGCCCGGGCCUCCGAUAUUUUAUUUUAUUUUUAAACAUUUUAUUUUAACUGUCGGGCUCCGCUAGUGCGCGGACUAGGAGUUCCGGGUACCGGUUGUCCUGGACGCGGGAUGACGGUGGAGGUGUCCGUGCCUCCGCGCUGUCAAGACAGCUUCUGACGGAGAAAGAUGCCACGGAGAAAGAAAAGAGGUAAAGAGCCACUGGAAUUUCAGAAUCCGGAGGAGGAUGCAGAAUCUGUCAGCGUGAGGAAGAAGCGUAGACUCGAAGAUGCGUUCAUUGUGAUAUCUGACAGCGAUGGAGAGCAGGAGCCAGAGGAGGAGAAUGGACUGGAAGAAACAAAGACAGAACCACCAAAUAGAUCAAGGUGUCUGGCCAAAAGAAAAAUCGCACAGAUGACAGAGGAAGAACAGUUUGCUCUGGCUCUGAAAAUGAGCGAACAGGAAGCUAGAGAGGUGAACAGCCAAGAGGAAGAGGAGGAGGCACUCUUGAGGAAAGCCAUCGCUGAGAGCCUGAAUAGCUGCCGGCCUUCUGAUGCGUCUGCUACUACAUCUCCACCGCUGGCUACCGGAUCGUCUUCACAGUCCCAGCAAGAGAAAACCGCAGACUCUGGGACCACUACAGGCAUUUUGCAGCUGGUACCUCCAUCACUGUUAAAAGGCUCACAUAUCAGUCAGGGAAACAAGACUGAGGAAAGAGAGAAGCCGGGGGACCACACUGGAAACAUGGAAGAGGAGCCGGUCUCUGGCAGCUCAGGAGGCUGGGACCAGUCAAGCCAGCCAGUGUUUGAGAAUGGAAACAUUAAGUGUCCUGACAACUGUACUGGCCACUUGGCUGAGCACAGCCAGUGUGAGAAGCCACAGGAAAGUGCUGGCAGGGAGUGUGCUUUUCACAAAGCGUCUCAGGGCAGGGAGCACACACCUAGGCACUGUCUGCCUACCCCAGAAGAUGCUAAAAGUCUCCAGGAUGGUGGGGGCACUGUGCACUACUUUUGGGGUAUUCCAUUCUGCCCUGCUGGAGUAGAUCCUAACCAAUAUACCAAGGUCAUUCUCUGCCAGCUGGAGGUUUAUCAAAAGAGCCUGAAAAUGGCUCAGAGGCAGCUCUUAAAAAAGAAAGAGUUUGGGGACCCAGUGUUACCUAGACUACCUUCUCUGAUGCAGAGUGAAUAUGACCAAGGGGAUCAGGCUAGUGAGAAAAAUGAAGGUGUCUCAGAAGAUAUGGGAGAUGAAGACUCAAAAGAGGACAGUCAGGAGUCUAGGGCAUCUGACUGGCACUCAGAAACCAAGGACUUCCAAGAAAGCACAAUUAAAAGCUUGAAAGAGAAACUUUUGUUGGAGGAAGAACCAACAACCAGUCACGGUCAGUCUUGCCAAGGACUAUUUGUUGAGAAAACUUCUGAAGAAGGAAACUCUGUACCUGACUCACAAAGCAUUGCUGCUUUGACCAGUAAGAGAAGUUCAGUUCUUAGGCCCGAGUGUUCUGCAGACGAAAUCACUGUGUGUCCUGAGACACAGUUAAGUUCCCCUGAAGAUUCUGACCUUGUCAGAGAAGUCUCUCCAGGCAGCAGAGAGGCCGCGGAUCAAGGGGAAAUAAUGGCAGACAAGGAGGUUGGCAACAGAGCAGAUGCUGAGAAGAAAAUGCCUGCUUCUGCCUUCUCACCCAGUUCCCAGGUAUCCUGCCCACUGUGUGACCAGGGCUUCCCACUCUCAAGGAUUGAGAUUCAUGCCAUGUACUGCAAUGGGCUCAAGGGUCAAGAUACAGUGUUGACUCGGAGCCAAAGAGAGGCCAGGAGCAAGAAUGAAAGCGGGCUAGCUGCCCGGACUUCCUCUGACACUGACAAGAAAGAGAAAUGUUACAUCUGUAAAUCCCUGAUUCCGUUCAGAGAGUACCACUGCCAUGUAGAAUCCUGUCUCCAGCUCACAAAGAGUGACCAGGGAGCCGGAGUGGAGGAGAGCAAGGCAGGGUGUUCAGCUGUGAAGCAGCAGCAGCAGCAGCCAUGGCCGAGGAGCCCGAAGGAAGAAAGACACAACGAAGGGCGACUCCUCAGUCGUUUGGAACAGUCUGAGCACAAGAAUGCAGAUGCCGGCAUAGAGACCAAAUCUCCAGAAACAGGAGUCUGCAGGGAGCCCUCUCCGGGGCUGGGAGUGGCAGGCUGCAGUAGAGACAUGCAGAGUUCGCUUGCACACUUCGACUUAGACGAGUCUCCAAUCAAGUCUUUCGUUUCCAUUUCUGAAGCCACAGAUUGCUUAGUGGACUUUAAAAAACAGCUUUCUGUCCGGCCAGGUAACCAGACACGGACCAGGGCAGGCAGAGGAAGGAGGAGGAAAUCCUGAAUGAGUAGGCUGUGGAGGUGGACAGCACCGUCAGGGGAAGGGUGUUCAUUAAGCCUUCGAGGGCUCGAGUUCAUUGUUGAGCAAGUUUCAGCUCUGCAGUUCUAACCACCAGCACCCACUCAGCAUUCUGGUUUCUCUGUUUUCUAUGAUCUAUACAGACAACUGUGUAUAGUCUCCUGUUUUAUAACACUGUUUGAGUUCUCAUAGUUAAAAGAAAAUGGAAAUAUAUUUAUCUAUGUAUGGAAUCUUAUUUCAAGAAGAUGGCGAUUUCUCUUUUGUUUUUCUCUGUACUGUGGGAUUUGGGAGAGUAUAUUUUAAUUGUGAAGCCUAGCUCUCAGAGCCAUGAAUUACAUGUUUCCAAAUGAA